AUGGAAGCUCGCAUGGAGGAAACCAGUCUUCGCGAGUGUCCAGAGGCGGAGGGCCCAGAGAUUCAACCAAGCUAUCCUCAACUAUCGACGUGGAACAAUAACCACAUACGCAACAUGCGGGAAUGCCGCUUGCUGCAACUUCCAGAAGAGCUUCUCGUCAACAUUAUGCGCAAGACGCCGCCGCAUGACUUGUACAUGCUCCGCCAGACCUGCUUCACGUUUUUCCGUCUAUUCCAGGACAGCGCAUUCAAGGCCGCCCACAUCAUCCGGAAGAUUCGGGGCCGACACUUGAUCUGCUUCAACCUCAACUACCGAACUCCGGGAGGUCUCUACGGCUGGUUUUGUAGGCUGAUACCGCGGGUAACGCGUGUGAACUUGUGCGAAGACUGCUACGUGGCGGACGCAAAGAAUUCCAAGAAUGCCUUGUGGCGAUGGAACGAUGACUACACGUGUCGGCUUUCUGAACUUGAUGCGGUGAAGAUAGGUAUUGCCUUGCUUGCCGGCGGUAUUACCCGCUGCUGCACUUUCCCGAUUACUCUUCGAAAUGCUUCCUUCAUCAUUCAGCCAGGGUCAGCUUUUGCCCGCAUCGUUCUUACUCCAUGA